AUGAACGUACUAACUUUCGGUGCAACAUGCUCACCAUACUGUGCAGAUUAUGUGAAAAACAAAAAUGCAAUGGAACAUUCUGAAAAGUUUCCCCGAGCAGCAGAAGCCAUUAUACGGAAUCAUUAUGUCGACGAUUUUUUAGACAGUUUUGACACUCCAGAAGAAGCAAUGCGCAUAACAAACGAAGUCAUAUACAUUCAUCAACAGGCUGGCUUUGAAAUAAGAAACUUCAUGAGCAACUGUGAGAGUGUAUUAGCAGCUCUAGGAAAAAAUGCAGCCGAUUUCGCAAAGCCAUUUAAAAACCGUUCAAGUCCUUACGAAUUUGAAAAAGUUUUAGGGAUGUGGUGGUCACCGUUAACUGACCAAUUUUCAUUUUUAUUUAACAGCAACAAUUUUGAUAAAGAGAUCCUAGAGGGCUUAUUUCCCCCGACUAAACGAAUUGUUUUGCGCGUGCUUAUGAGUACCUUUGACCCACUCGGUCUAAUUGGGCAUUUCUUGAUGUUUCUAAAAAUUUUAUUGCAAUCUAUUUGGCGUGAGCGUAUAAACUGGGAUGAACCAAUACAUGAAGCGCACUUUGAACUUUGGAAAAAGUGGCUGAAUUUGCUACCUACAAUUAGAGAAAUCAAAAUAAGAAGACCUUAUCUUAAUAACUUAAAGUUUGAUGCUGAAUCUACAGUAGAGUUACAUGUUUUUGUAGACGCUAGCCUGUCAGGAUUUGCUGCAGUAUGCUACUUGAGAGUACAACGUGGCACAUCUAUUCAAUGUAAUUUGGUAUGUUCAAAAACGAAAGUAGCUUCUUUAAAACCGAUUUCAGUUCCUCGAAUGGAAUUAGAAGCAGCUGUGUUAGGUGUUCGAUUAGCACAAACUGUCAUUAAUGGACACUCAAUUCAAAUAAAUAGGCGUUACUUCUGGUCAGAUUCUCAGUCAGUAUUAUGUUGGAUAAAAAAUGAUAAUCGAAAGCUUAAACAGUUUGUUACAUUUAGAGUUGGCGAAAUACUAGAAAAUUCGAAUGAAAACGAGUGGCAAUGGGUUCCAAGUGAACAUAACGUAGCCGAUGAUGCCACAAAAUGGAAUCUCAAAGUUGAUUUUUCUUCAGACAGCCGUUGGUAUCGAGGACCAGAUUUUCUCUACAGCCCAAAAGAUUCUUGGCCUUUGAAUCCUAAAGAGGAUACAGGAAAUGAGAUUGAAGUACAUACUCACAUUGACGUUUCUGUAACACCACUACAAAAUUAUAUGCAGUUUUCUUCAUGGGAAGAAACGGUCACUGCAGUUUCAUAUGUUUUUAAAUACUUCUGUAUAUUUCUACAGAAAUUCCGCAAACCGGACGAUUGUUUCGAUCUAGGAGAAAGUAAAGGUACGAAAAGUUACCUACUUUGGCUAUGUCAAGACGAAAAUGGUAAUCUAGAUUACGUCAAAGGAGCUGAAACAUAUUUAUAUAUGAUAUGUCAAUCUGAAGGUUAUCCUAAAGAAAUAAAUGCCUUGCAAAAUAAACAGCCAAUUGAAAAAACAAGUUCACUAUACCAGUUGAGUCCUUAUCUGGAUACGAAGGGAGUAAUGAGGGUAAAAGGUCGUAUAGAUGCUUCUAACCAUGUUACUCUUGAUUGUAAAAGACUAGUUAUCUUACCGAAACAGCAUCAUGUCACUACACUGAUUGUUGACAAUUUUCAUAGAAAAUAUAAACAUAUUUUUUUCGAAACAGCAGUAAAUGAAAUACGUCAAUUCUUUUACAUUCCAACUUUAAGAGCAGUCCUAAAAAGAGUUCAAAAUAAUUGUCAAGAGUGUCGCAACAAUAGAGCUAUGCCUGUAGCUCCAAUGAUGUCUGAUCUUCCUGAAGCACGCCUAAAGGCCUUUACCCGACCAUUUACAUAUGUAGGGGUGGAUUAUUUUGGACCAAUCCUAGUCACCGUUGGACGACACACCGAAAAACGAUGGGGUGUUCUAUUUACUUGUCUCACUGUGAGAGCUAUUCAAAUCGAAAUAGCACAUAGCCUGUCAAGUGAUUCGUGCAUCCUAGCAAUUAAAAGAUUUUGCGCGAAACGAGGAAGACCGAAGCAAGUCUGGAGUGACAACGGCGCAAAUUUCCGAGGAGCUAGUCAAGAACUGAAAACGGCAAUAGAAGAGCUUUGCACAGAAGACAUUUCUAAAAAUCUUGAAAAAGAAAAAAUUGAAUGGAAGUUCAUCCCUCCCACUUCGCCCCAUAUGGGUGGUAGCUGGGAGCGGCUUAUACGAUCAGUGAAACAAGUUUUGGCAAAAAUGCAUAUCGGCCGUAACCCUAAAGACGAAGUUUUACUUACAAUGAUGGCGGAGGUUGAGUUCAUUAUUAAUUCUAGACCACUUACUUAUAUUCCUAUAGAUACCGACAGUGAUGAGGCGCUCACCCCAAAUCAUUUUUUGAUGGGGUCAUCAAACGGCAUAAGACUUACCGGGGAGCUUUCAAGCGAUGGCCAUACACUCCGCAAACAUUGGCUUGCAUGCGAACAAUACAGUAAUCUUUUUUGGAAGCGUUGGGUGAAGGAAUAUCUCCCCUCUCUCACCAGACUAACGAAAUGGUUCGAACGGGCUAAGCCUGUAUCAGAAGGAGAUAUCGUUUUAAUUGUUGAUGAAAACAACCCCAGAAACACCUGGCCAAAGGGAGUAAUCUUGCAGGCGAACCUAAGCAAAGACGGACAGACGAGAUCAGCAAUUGUGAAGACAGCCUCUGGAACAUACACACGACCGGUGGCAAAACUAGCAGUACUUGAUGUAAGACGGUUCGGCGAAGAUGUUAACUGGAAGAAGCCACCAGCUUACCAGGGGGGAGUGUUACCAAACCUGGCAAUCCCGUAA